CCUCCUCCUCUUCCUCCUGCGGUCCAAUGUCCCUGGGAUCCUGGAGCGGGAUGCCGCCCGACGCGACCUCGCCGCCAGGGGACCGCCCUGGUGCCCCAGCUGCUCGGCACGUUCUGGCGCAAGGAGCGGCAGCUGGCGCGGAUCGAGCUGGAGAGGGGCCAGGGCAAGUCCACCAGCAUGCAAGAAAUUGAGGAGGUGCUGGUGAAGCUGGUCAGGCUCUUGGCCAACGUCGCGAUCAGCAAGUCCGCCGGCGCCACGCUCGCAGCCUCGAGCGCCGUGGUGGAGCCCCUCCUGGACAUGCUGGGCGCGAAGCGCAUCGGCGACAGCGAGGAGCUCGUUCUCAACGUGGUGGCGGCGAUCACGAACCUCUCGUACUACGACGUUCCCUCCAACUUGUUGUUCCAGGAUGACAACAAGCAGCUUUUGUGCAGGCUGUUCAGACCACUGUUGCUGGAGUCGUACAACGACGAGGCGCUGAUAGAGACGGCCAGAGCGCUCGGCAACCUCUCGCGCCACGAGGGCGUCGGGCAGUGCAUGGCAGGCCUGCGGCUGGACGAGAUCCUCGUGAUCCUGCUGGACCACGAGGAGCGGAGCCUCGUGUACUUCGUCUGCGGCAUAUUGGUCAACCUCGCGGGGGCCCACCCCGAGUGCACCGCCCGGCUCGUGGGGGCGUGCCCGCUGAUACAGAAGCUGGGGAAGCUGCUGUGCGACAUGGGCGCCGAGGACGACGUGCAGAUGCAGGACGUCGCCGUGAAGGUGCUGAUGAACCUUGCCAUGGACCCGGGAGUCGCAUGGCCGCCAGCGGACGCGGAGGUCGUGCGCGACGCGCUGGAGCAGAUCGUGUCGGAGGGGCGUCGGCCCGCCGAGGAGGACGCCGAGGCCGCCGAGGAGAGGCAGGGCCUCCUGGACCUCUCCGCGCGGCUGCUGGCCAAGCUGCCGCCGCCGCUGCGGGCCCCAGGCACUUCGGCAGACGGCGCGACCGGCGGCGCCGCCGGAGAGGGUGGGGCCGACGCCUGGUUCUACUGCCAGGAGCCCGGCUGCGGCCGGAGGUUCAACGCCCAGGACGCGCCCGCCGCGGGGGGGCGGCGCGUCUGCCUGGCCAGGGGGCGAGGCGAGGG